ACAGAGACAGUGAGGGAAAGUGGCAAGUACCAUAAAUCUCUUUCAUACUUUGUGAGGAGAAAAAUAUUCAACUAGUCAAACAUUACUCUAGAUCCUCAUUAUAUUCCUUACAGAAAUUAGAAUUGUUACUCUUCAAGAAUUAAAACUAUGGAACUAUGGAUUGUCAUUCUUCUCCUCUGUUUCAAAACAGAAUUUGUUGAUGGCCACUAUAAGAGAUGGAUUCGGAAUACAAACUUCGGAAACAACUUAAAUUGGAAUACUGGAAGAUCUCCAUGUGGGGAUGACAGUGUAGUGAUCCCAGCUGAAUCUCCACCAGUUUUCAUCAAUAUCAAUACAACUAUGAAAGAAAUUGUAUUCCCCAAGAAUGGAAUGCUAAUUCUGAAUUCAUUCAUGGAACUAGGAUUCACUUCUAGCCCUAGUACAAGCUGUGCUAAUUCUGGUCAAGAGGUAGAAUUCAAUGCCACCUAUGGAAGAGAAUGGGUAGAUCCCGCAAAUUGGUGUGUUGCAAAAUCAAGAUCAGCCAAUUGUGAUGCUGACUAUCAUUCUUUGGAUUCAGAAAAGGUUCCAUGUCCAACAGAUGAUGUGGUUUUCCCACGAGGAAACAGCUACUAUAUCGACCUCAGCACGGAUAUGGAACUUACUGCGAAUUCUAUUUAUUUCAUGGGACAGUCUUUCUCAACAAACACAUUUUCCAACUUCAUAAACUCCAAGGUAGGCAAAACAUAUUUCAAGUCUUAUAAACCUGAUGAAAAUGAGUCCCACAUGACAAUAAGAAGACGACCAUGUAUUGAUCCGGCUAGUUGUGAUUGUGGCAACUACAGAAGCCCGAUCUUUGACAAUAUAUGUAAAAUGCAUUCACCAUUCUGCAAGAAACCACAGUGCCAGUCCCCAGUAAGACCAACAGGACAUUGCUGCAACAUUUGUGGGGCUAUUCUAAAAUGCAAAUACGAAAAUGGUUUCAGUUAUGAUCGAUUAGUUGAUGAUAUUAAAAAGAAAUUCCUCCAGAAUGCGACUAAUGUAGAAUUCAUAGUGUCAAGAAUCGAUAAUGACAUACAGCUAACGCUUAUGGAUAUUACUGGAGAACAUAGUGUGAUUAUUGGUCAGAAAAUAUAUGAGGACAUCAUUGAUGACAUAACGCAUGGAGGUUACAAAUACAUAUUUUCAGCAGUUGAGAUAAAAGUUUCUGGAACGCCAAGAAACAAGAGACCUUCGGAAACAACAAAGACAUCGACAACAUUGACAACAACAACAACAAAAACACCAGCAACAGUGUCAUCAACUACAAAAAAGACAAAACAAACAUGGACAACAGCAACAAAAACAACCAGUACUACUACAACAACAACAACAACACAAAGAACAAGUCAAAAGACAACUGCACAGGACUAUGGUAAACCUGAGAGUGGUCGUAACAUAAAAGUUGAACCUACAGGUGGAUUUUCAACUGCUGCAGUCCUUGGAUUCACUUUGGGCAGUUUGAUAUUGCUUCUAUUGAUUGUUAUAUUACUUCUCCUCUACAGAAGAGGUAACAUGCGUAAUUUUGCCAAUCCGUUUACAUCAGGACAAUUCUUCCCUAACAUUCACAGCAGAUUUAUUAAUCAAGACACUGUCCCAUUAGAUGAUCUACCAAGUCCAACAUAUCAUAAUGAAGGAGGAUUCCAAAAUCCAGUUUAUGGUGCUGAAUCAACUAACCGCUCAGCCAGUGGAGGAAAUACAAAUAAUGCGUACAACAACCAAGAAUUCAAUAACCCACUUUAUAGUUCAGAUUUGAACCAAGUAAGUUAUUUGUUAAAAAUAAACAAUGGAAUCACUUACCAUACAUUUUUCUUUUUUAUUAACACAAACAAACAUAUAGAACAAAGACAGAUAAUACAUUCAUCUAACACAAAUGCAGCACAUACAUACAUGCAUUUAUACACACACAUAUAUAUACAUAUAUACACAUAAAUAUACACAUAUUGUAGAGCAACAUCUGGUAUAAUAAUGUAUGUUAACAACUGCUUUGUAACAGUUUUGUGUGAAUAUAUAUUAUUUAUAAACUGUAUUCCAACCCAUGCUAGCAUGGAAAGCGGACGUUAAACGAUGAUGAUGAUACAUUAUUAGGUAAUAAUUAUUAUGUACAACUGUGAUUAUUUCGUAUAUUCCCCAAAUUUUGUAUGUGUGUCUGGGCCUUAACUACAAAUAAAAUUAUUUAUAGCAGUUUGGAUAAUAAUGAUGCUGAUAGUUAAGUAAGAUUAGAAAACAUCCCUAUAAAGUCCUGCAAACCCUUUUUAUGCAAAAGAGUUGAGGUCCCUACUAGCAACUGAAUCGUUAUUUAUAAUGAAGAAAUAAUGAUAAUUAAAAUUUUACAAAAAAUAUUUAAAAAUUGGCACUAAACUUCACUUACAUUACACUAAAAGUUCAUAUUUCACUAAAUUAAUAAAUAACUCUAUUGUUGCAUCCUGUAGCUUUGCCAAAUCUUACUUACAUAUUGGUUUAUUGCUUCUAACAAAAUUCUCUCCCAAAAUAUAAAUUGUAAAUUAUUUUUGUUUUCCUCUUUAGGAAACUUUGUUUGAUGAUCCCAGCAGAAUUUCCCCAUCGCUCUCUUUGGAACCUACUAACGACCCUGCUGAAUUGGAGGACAGCACAAUCUAAGGAAGAAGUCGAGGAAGAAAAGAUUUUUAAAGUUACUUUAGAUUAUCAUCAUCAGCAUCUGUUGAACAUACUGUCAACUUUGUCUAUCGGUUAUUAUUGUUUCUUUAUAGAUUAACCAAAACAUUUGAAAGUCUAAAAUGUGACUUGUGUAACAAUAUACAUGGAAUAAAUAUUCUAUAAUUAUCUUGCAUAUAUCAAA